AUGACAACUUUAUACGGGAACGACGAUUUUACUAUUCCGGGAAAUAUGUCAACUAGUCAAAGUACCCAAUCAACCCAAAAUACUGCAACCACCUCUUUUACAUCCACUUCCGAUGUCUUUGAGCCCGGCGAACUGAAAAGAUAUCGCAAUUACUGGUGGAAAACUGGUAAAAUGCACUCGAAGGCCAGGUGGGAAGAGGCAACUUUACCGUAUGAGUUAGCUACUGAGGUACCUUUUGAUACUUAUGUCGAACGUACGGAUAAAUAUAAUAUUCACGGCUGGUGGGAGUGGGAAAAUGGGACCGUCCGUAUCAUUGAAUUACCCACAAUAUUUCACGAGCGUUGUGUUGGUUCUAUAGUCCGGGAUAUUACUUUUGCAACUGUUGGUGUGAGGAGCACUAACCUCGACAUUCUUUAUGAUGGAUCUACAACAAGGAAAACUCCUAGAACGGGCAAAGAAGCGGAUGCAUCAUGGUUACCAGUAUCAAAACCUCGAUUGAAUGGGGGCGGAUGUGACCCAAGCGGUACUCGGCCAUGGCCGAAUCUAGUAGUAGAGAUUGCGUACGCACAAUCUGAAACGAAUGUCAAAGAUAAAGUCGAACAAUACUGGCUUCUAGGUGGUCGAGCCCAUGAUGCUAUUGCAAUUAAAAUAGAACAACCUAUCGCACCAGCUACAAUACCUUCAGUGAUGACGGCUUGGCACUAUUGCAUUAAUCAUCCGCGAACAGCUAUCGGUGCAUUUAAUCCCACGAUGUAUGAAUUUGGAACUAUUAGUCGUGGAGGAAAUCCGAUCAACCUGCAACCUGGGCAAUGCGUUAUCAACAUUCAACUAGCAUGCCUUUACCAUGGG